CCCACCCCGCCCCGCCACGCCGCGCCACGCCGCCCCGACCGCCGCCAUGUCGGUGGAGAUGCCUCUCAACGAGGACCAUGAGGUGCUGGGCAGCGAGUUCUGCUCGGGCUACAGCGACGCCCUGGGCCGCUGGAAUCCGGGCUUCUACUGCCCGCCGCGAGAGGACGCCAGCGACGCGCUCUUCUGCUGCGGCGGCACCACCUACAAGUACUGCUGCACCCAGAGGGAGCACGCCGCCGACGAGGAGCUCGGCAACUUGCCGCUGAUCCUGGGCGCCGCGCUGGGCGCCACGGCGGCCCUGGCCAUCAUCAUCCUGGUGUCGUGCUGCUGCUGCUCGUGCUGCGCGCUCUACAAGUCCAGGAACUCGCCCAAGCACACCAACAAUGGCCCCGUGUACCGCAUGCAGACGUCGUCCACGGCCAGCGGCGUGGCCAACAUGUACUCGUUCUCGAACCAGAACAGCCUGGCCACCACGCCCAUCGACACCGCGGCCUCGCAGAUCAUGGUGGAGCUGGAGCCCGGCGCCGUGGCCAGCCGCACGGGCACCAUGGGCAGGGGCAACACCUUCAGCGCGAGCGGCGCGCGCACCCUGCAGCGGAACGGCGGCUCCCACGACCCGCCGCCGCCGUACGACGCGGGCAAGUCCCACCACACGCUGCCCCACCAGCGCCACCACCACCAGCAGCACCAGCAGCAGGCGCCGGCCGCGCAUCUGUACCCCGGGGACAGCCCGCCGCAGGCCCGCCAGCACUUCACGCUGCCGCGGUCGCACGGCAUGCAGAACCAGAACAACCAGGGCGCGCGCAGCCCCAUCACCACGUUCCCGCAAGGCCAGCACGGCUCCUUCGGGCCGCACCCCACCGCCACGCUGUCCAGGGUGCCCCGCGCCGCCCCCACCUCCGUCCCGGUGCCCGUCCCCGUGGUCCGGCCGCCCUCGACGCUGGGGGGCCUGGGGCCGGGCCCCCACUGCCCCCAGGGCCCCACCAGCCCCACGAUGCGCAGCCCCGUGGACUCGCCGCACCGCGGAUUCCAGACGCACACCUUGAGGCACCCCCCGCCCAACACCGUGCCGCUCAACACAGGGGGCUACGGCAUGACGCACAGCACGAGCAGCACCUUCUGCCCGGCACCCCCGCAGCAGCAACAACAGCAGCAGCAACAACAGCAGCAACAGCAGCAACAGCACCCACAGUACCACCAGCAGCACAUGCAGCAGCAGAACCUGCCCCCGCCGCCCAACAUCCCGGCCCCUGUGCCGAGCGCCAUGGCCGGCCCACAAGGUCCACCCGGCCCACAAGGCCCGCAGGGUGCUCCAAUGGGUACCCCUAUGGGACCCCCGAUGGGACCCCCAAUGGGAGCCCCGAUGGGUGGUCCGAUGGGCGGUCCGAUGGGUCCUCCUAUGGGCGCUCCGAUGGGCCCUCCCAUGGGAACUCCCAUGGGGCCCCCCAUGGGGCCGCCGAUGGGAGCCCCGAUGGGCCCCCUCAUGGGAGCUCCGAUGCCGAUGGGGGCACCGGGAAGCAUGCCGCAAAAGGGGGUCCCAGUCAACGGCCCCGUCAACGGCCCAGUCAACGGCCCCCUCAACGGCCCCGCCAACGGCCCCACCAACGGCCCCCUCAACGGGCCCCUCAACGGGCCCAACGGGCCCGUCAACGGGUCUGGCGUGGUGGCCACCAUAAACGGUGGUCCUGUGGGCGUCAACGAGCUAUCUCCCGGUGACACGCUCUACCGCUCCACCAAGUUCUGAGUGCCCUGAAUCGUCCCUCCCCCUCCACCCCUUGAAAGGGCUAGGGCGGUAAUCAAAGACCUGCCCAUUCGGACUUGAGGCGGUCCUUCUAGCCUGCCUGAACACUGCUUGACCACUGCCGGGAACGACGUUCUGUAGUUCCCUGAGGAAUGACAGCUAGCAGUUUCCCGAGGAACGACGUCCAGUAGGUUCCCGAGGAACGAAGCAGUUUCCCGAGGAACGACGUCCAGUAGGUCCCCGAGGAACGACAGCAAGCAGUUUCCCGAGGAACGACGUCCAGUAGGUCCCCGAGGAACGACAGCAAGCAGUUUCCCGAGGAACGACGUCCAGUAGGUCCCCGAGGAACGACAGCAAGCAGUUUCCCGAGGAACGACGUCCAGUAGGUCCCCAAGGAACGACAGCAAGCAGUUUCCCGAGGAACGACGUCCAGUAGGUCCCCGAGGAACGACAGCAAGCAGUUUCCCGAGGAACGACGUCCAGUAGGUCCCCGAGGAACGACAGCAAGCAGUUUCCCGAGGAACGACGUCCAGUAGGUCCCCGAGGAACGACAGCAAGCAGUUUCCCGAGGAACGACGUCCAGUAGGUCCCCGAGGAACGACAGCAAGCAGUUUCCCGAGGAACGACGUCCAGUAGGUCCCCGAGGAACGACAGCAAGCAGUUUCCCGAGGAACGACGUCCAGUAGGUCCCCGAGGAACGACAGCAAGCAGUUUCCCGAGGAACGACGUCCAGUAGGUCCCCGAGGAACGACAGCAAGCAGUUUCCCGAGGAACGACGUCCAGUAGGUCCCCGAGGAACGACAGCAAGCAGUUUCCCGAGGAACGACGUCCAGUAGGUCCCCGAGGAACGACAGCAAGCAGUUUCCCGAGGAACGACGUCCAGUAGGUCCCCGAGGAACGACAGCAAGCAGUUUCCCGAGGAACGACGUCCAGUAGGUCCCCGAGGAACGACAGCAAGCAGUUUCCCGAGGAACGACGUCCAGUAGGUCCCCGAGGAACGACAGCAAGCAGUUUCCCGAGGAACGACGUCCAGUAGGUCCCCGAGGAACGACAGCAAGCAGUUUCCCGAGGAACGACGUCCAGUAGGUCCCCGAGGAACGACAGCAAGCAGUUUCCCGAGGAACGACGUCCAGUAGGUCCCCGAGGAACGACAGCAAGCAGUUUCCCGAGGAACGACGUCCAGUAGGUCCCCGAGGAACGACAGCAAGCAGUUUCCCGAGGAACGACGUCCAGUAGGUCCCCGAGGAACGACAGCAAGCAGUUUCCCGAGGAACGACGUCCAGUAGGUCCCCGAGGAACGACAGCAAGCAGUUUCCUAAGAAACGACAGCAAGUAGUUCCGCGAGAUGCAAUGGCCUAACGUCUCGAGAUAAACAAAAUGUGUCACGGUUGUCAAUGAGGCACUAACUUAGCGUUGUUUAAGUCGUAGUGUAUUUUCUAAUUUUGGCCUUAACAGUAUGAACGGCGUUUAUCGUAGAAUGUUUUUAGACUUUUUGAAUUGUCUUUUUGGGCAUCCUCCUGGUGGCCUCUUUUAAGUCAAGUUCAGUGGCUGUAUGUGUAGUCGAGAGCGGAGUCAGAGAAUCCGCUGAACUUGACAAAUCGGUGAUAUUUACAAUUACUCAAUUAUUUUAAUUCUCUAUGGUAAAGUCGGUUUUUGAACUUUCUGAUUCUUACAAGUCUGAAGCACAAUGAGUCGUUUGAUUGGCACAACUAAACUAAGUUUUACUCGUUAUUUCAGAUUUCGGUAGAAUAGCGUAGCUGGAGCAGGUAUUUAAAUUUAUGGUUUUGACUGACGUGUCAAGUUAUUCUUGGUGUACUGUUUGUGGUAUCAAGCGCAAACUCUCCGCUCAAUUUUGUUUUAAACUGUCCCAAAUCACCUAACUGAAGGAGACUGAAACUUACCUGUUGGAGCUCCCUGCUCAGACUUAUGUGAACCCAGGGGCACGUGGCUAUUGGUGUUUCAUUUCCAAAUAACGUGCAACCUGGAUUCACUAUAUCACAUUAGAGUAGUUACACCUUACCGCCAAAUGUCUCGAUGUGGCACAAAGGUGUUUAUUUGUUCCUUCAGACGCAGCUGGCUCAAAAUCCCGUCUCAUUUAGACUAGAGUGAAUCCGGAGAAGUAUUUCGUUUUUAGGGCAAAAGUUUAAAAGUAUCGACUAAUGUGAUUGUGUGAAGUGUACUUAACUUAUUUUCGUUGUGGUCGAGCUGUGCUCGCUUCUCGGCUAGGUAACCAAAGAAAUGUAGUGAAAUGAUGGACACUGGCUUUGUCCUGAGUGGGGCGUUCCCUGUGAGACGCGCCCACGACAGACCACAGACAAAGCUCUGCUUGGGGUUUGGCCAGCCAAUCGUGCAAAGUAUGGAAAUGAUCUGGAUAGUUUAUUAAACUUCCUAGUUUAUAUUAUCGCUUAUGUAAGAUGUACAGAUAAAUUAACUCACAUUCAAAAGUGGAAGAAUGGGGUUGCUUUCUUGUUUGUUUGUUUUCUUUAGUCCAAAAGUUCUUGGACGAAUUAAAUCAGCGUCAGAAAAGGGACCAAAUGGCGUCCUGUGUGACUUUGGCUAAAGUGCUCCCAACGACAUGCUUGUGGCUGGCUGUAUUUUAAAAUGGUUGAAAAAUGCUAUCGAGUAAGCAAAUUUAGUGGAUUCGGUGGAUUGUGGUCAAUCAUAACACUCAGACUGCACUCUGGAAAAAAUCACAGUAAAUCCUGUAGUAAUAAGUACAGCUGUCACUGUAGUUCAGAGUACAGGAUUUACAGUACUUGUUUACAGGAUCUACUGUACUUUGUGAGGGAUUUACUGUACCACAGG